AAAACCCCAAAAGUAUAAUAAAAGUGACAUUUGUUUACCGGCAUCACUCUUGCCGGGUUGUUGACAUCACCACCACCAUGGCCAACAACGUCCCUCUACUCGACAACGAAGAACCUCUAGAUUUUGGAGAAGAAGACUUACCAAAAGGAAGACUUAAACACCCAAUAGUGACAACCUUCCACCUCCUCUUUCGCACGGCAGCGCUCCUGGUCUACGAGUUUUGUGGGAUAUUCUCCAGCAGCUUCAUUGGGCCGUUCAUAUUAAUUAUCAUCCUUCUCUCACUAGACUUUUGGACAGUCAAAAACAUUACAGGUCGCUUGAUGGUUGGGCUAAGAUGGUGGAACUACAUAGAUGAUGAGGGGCAGAGUCACUGGGUGUUUGAGGCCAAAAAAGGUGGUCUGCAGGGCCGCGUGUCCAAGACGGAGGUGCGGGUGUUCUGGGUGGCUCUGGUCGCCUUUCCUGUCUUCUGGUCCAUCAUCUUCCUUAUCGCCAUCGUGUUCAGCAAGUUCCAGUGGGCUAUCGUUGUCGUGAUUGCCCUCACCCUGAGUGGCAGCAACCUGUAUGGGUAUGUGCGGUGCAAGUUGGGCAAGUCAGACAGCAUCACAGAGUCCUUCAAAAACAUGGCUGCAGGGCUGGUCCAGAAGCAAAUGGUAUCCAAUAUGACCAACAUGUUCACCCGAGCCCCGCCCACCGCCACGCCUAGCAGUACGGUGUGAGCCGCCCGCCCUGCACACCCAUAACUCCAAGUUCUCUAAGUUUCCUAAGCAUCACAUCCUGGUCUCCACAUUAGAUAUAUUUCUAUUUAAAUAUUCAGAGAUAAAGAAUCAAAUUAUCUCUUAAAGGUGGGGGCCAAGAUUACUGACCAAUAGAGGGGUGUGCUUGUAUAUAAUUACCGGUUUUUCAAGCUUUAUAUAAUCAUCCUGCUGUUGUUUAAUUUAUAAAUGUCCAUAUAUAGUUGUAGCUUGUUUUUGAGCCAGUUGGAAGGCCCGGCGCCAGGGAGGGAGCACUCAGAGGCCUGCCUUCAGGUGGCGAAGGCAGGAAGAGUUGUUUGUACUUGUGCACAAUUGUUUCUUCAUAAUCAUGGAGUGUACUGUUUGCCUGGUUUGCAUGUCAGUCAUACAGCACUAGAUUUUGGCGCUGACAUUCCAGUUAUUAUUAUUGUGUAAAAAUUGGUACUUAACUGUGACAUCAUAUUCCAUUUUUUAUUUUAUUCAUUUGCUCAGACAUGCUUGUAUGUAUGUAUGUAUGUGUAUGUAUAAGGUGUUUGAUACAUAUUUGGUUACAUCAUAUAUGAACCUUAUACUCACUUCAAAUCCAUGACUUUUAAAUCAAUAUAUACCAGAGAAUAUGAGAACUUUGUUUUAAAUAUAUAUAUAUGAAUAAAAAAAAUUGGGAAACAUAAAUGUUUUAACUGCAGCAUUGAAUACAAAUAUAAAAGUAUACUGUAUGUUGAUUUUUCUGCCAGAAAAUAAAAAAUUGGUCCAGUG